AUGCACGAGGCGUGUAUAGGAAGAGAUGGGAUAAUAUACCAGUCCUGUUCAUAUCUAUCUAUCUAUCUAUCUAUCACAGUCUUUCAUAUCUAUCUCCGUCUGUUCAUUAUCUAUCUUUCUAUCUAUUUCAGUCUGUUCAUAUCUAUCUAUCUAUCUAUCUAUCUAUCUAUCUAUCUAUUAUCUAUCUAUCUACCUAUCACAGUCUUUUCAUAUCAAUCUCAUUCAGUUCAUAAUCUAUCUAUCUAUCUGUCACAGGGCUUUUGCUUUGUUUCAACAAUUGUGAAACAUCCUAUCUAUCUAUCUAUCUAUCUAUCUAUCUAUCUAUCUAUCUAUCUAUCUCUCUAUAUAUAUAUAUAUUAUGCAAUUUCAACCGGGAAGAAAGACUUCCUUUUCAUUCUCACAGCCAGUCACUGGCGAAACAACGUAACGACAACAGCAUAUGACGACGACCAAUCAAAAAAGACAGAGGUAGACAUCCACAGAUACUCAAACGAAGUGUGUCGGAAUAAAAUUCUUUCUUUCUUUCAUUCUUUUCUUUCUUUCCUUCUUUCAUUCUUUCUUCCAUUCUUUCUUUCCUUCUUUCUUUCUUUCAUUCUUUCCUUCUUUCUUUCCUUUCUUUCUUUCAUUCAUUCUUUCUUUCAUUCAUUCUUUCUUUCCUUCUUUCUUUCUUUUCUUCUUUCUUUCCUUUUUCUUUCUUUCUUUCUUUCUUUCAUUCAUUCUUUCUUUCUUUCCUUCUUUCUUACUUUCCUUCUUUCUUUCUUUCAUUCUUUUUUCUUUCCUUCUUUCUUUCUUUCCUUCUUUCCUUCUUUCUUUCUUUCUUUCUUUCAUUCUUUCUUUCAUUCUUUCUUUCUUUCCUUUUUUCUUUCUUUCUUUCUUUCAUUCUUUCUUUCUUUCCUUUUUUCUUUCUUUCAUUCUUUCUUUCCUUUUUUCUUUCUUUCUUUCUUUCUUUCUUUCAUUCUUUCUUUCUUUCCUUUUUUCUUUCUUUCAUUCUUUCUUUCUUUCUUUCUUUCUUUCAUCCUUUCAUCCUUUCAUUCUUUCUUUCUUUCCUUCUUUCAUUCUUUCUUUCUUUCUUUCUUUCAUUUUCAAACCGAAAACAAGUAG